UUUUUUUAAAGAUUUAAAGUUUAAAAUGAAUUUUAUUAGACGGCUUCGUGUACCUCGAUUGAAUGAUAAAGGGAAAUGGGUUGUCUGUGUUGCUGGUGGUGUGUUUACUUGCGGUUUCGCGUAUGCCUUAGAACAUACUGCUGACGCUUCUGAUUUUGUUGUACAUCCUUUUCAAUUACCAUGGUCUCAUGGUGGUUUAAUCGAUUCUUUGGAUAUGGCAUCCGUUCGACGUGGUUAUGAAGUUUACAAACAAGUUUGUGCUGCUUGUCAUAGCAUGCAAUACAUUCGUUAUCGACAUUUUGUUAAUAAUUUCAUGUCAGAGGAUGAAGCAAAGGCGGAGGCUGCCGAAAUUGAAGUUGAUUUUAUUGACGACAAAGGUGUCCCAGCAAAACGUCCUGGACUUUUAAACGACUUUCUUCCGUCACCAUAUCCAAACAAGCAAGCAGCUGAAGCUGCCAAUAAUGGAGCAGAGCCUCCGGAUUUGUCAUUGAUGGGAUGGGCUCGAGAUGACGGAGAUAACUAUGUCUUCCAUUUGCUUACUGGUUAUGGGUUUGACCCGCCUGAGGGAGUGCUUUGUGAGGAGGGAAAAGCUUAUAAUCCAUAUUUCCCGAAUGGAAGUGUACUGGCAAUGCCACAACAAUUAUUUGAUGAAGGAAUUGAAUACAAAGAUGGAACGCCGGCAACAAUGAGUCAGCAAGCAAAGGAUGUUGUGACGUAUUUACGUUGGGCCUGUGAGCAAUGGCAUGACAAGCGAAAACAGUAUGCCAUAAAGUUGGCACUUCUGAUACCGAUUGUGUCAUUUGUAUUAGUUUAUUGGAAGCGAAAAGUUUGGACUCAGAUUAAGUCCGAGAAAUGGUUCCACCGAACAGUUAAAGGACGUGAAUGGACACCUGAUUCAAAAUUCCCGCCGCCGCCUAAGGAUGCUCCUUCAUUGAAGAGAUUGAAUUAA